AACAACUCAACAAUCUACAUUAACACUAGCUAGCAUGGCCGCAGUUCUGAUUUUGUGCUUUACAUACAUUUCUCGUUAGUAAUUACUACUGUUUUGUUAUCUGAACGUAUAAGCCACGAAUUUUAUUGAAUUGGUCCAUCUUAACAUCAAAAAAAAAGAUAUGGGCGGGAAAGCGAAAAUUAAUAAGAGGAAACGUAAAUUUCAGGGCCAUCCAGAAGAUGAUCCUGAAUUUGAUUUAACCAAAAAACAUCUAAAAUCUAUUCACACACAAGCUAUGGAGAAACGCCUAAUUAUUGUGUUAGAAGGAGCUCAACUUGAAACUGUGAAAAUCGGUCACAGCUUUGAAUUGUUAAAUUGCGAUGAUCAUAGCAAUAUUUUGAAAAAAAACAAUCGUGAUCCGGGCACAUGUCGACCAGAUAUUACCCAUCAAUGUCUCCUAAUGCUAUUUGACUCGCCUCUAAAUCGCGCCGGUCUUUUACAAGUGUAUGUCCGCACCGAGCACAAUAUAUUAAUAGAAAUAAAUCCUCAGACACGCAUACCCCGUACCUUCAAACGUUUCGCUGGUCUUAUGGUUCAGUUAUUGCAUAAAUUUUCUAUACGAGCCAACGAUACUUCAACAAAGUUGAUGAAAGUUAUUAAAAAUCCUAUUACAGACCAUUUGCCAGUUGGUUGCAAAAAGUAUGCCAUGUCGUUUUCGGGCAAGCUAUUAACAAACAUACGCGAUUUGGUACCUAAAAGUAAGUCGGAGCUUGUGAAUUGUCAAGCUGAAGAAGAAGAUGAACCUAUAGUUCUAGUGGUGGGAGCUUUUGCCCAUGGCGUGCUGAAAUGUAACUACUCUGAAGGACUCUUUUCAAUUAGUAAUUACCCUUUAUCGGCCGCUAUAGCCUGUUCAAAACUGUGCAAUGCCUUUGAAGAAGUUUGGGGAGUUGUAUAAAACAUGAACGUUUUUAAAAUACAUGCAAAAUUCGACUUUUCAAUAUUUAAUGAACAGGACAAAAGUAAAGUUCAUUGCUACUAAACCUAACUUCUAGUGUAACGAUAACGAUUGCCGUUAACUUUAAAUAUUGCAAAACAAAAGCAAUUGUUACGGAGCGGUUACUGGAGUUUCCCUUGAAUAAUCAACUUUAUUCUGCUACGUCCAUUAAAAAUAAUUCGCCACUCGGCACAAACGAUCUAUAUUAAAAG